ACAGCACAGUAGGUAUGGCACGCGCAGGAAGAAUCUUCCGUACCGCAGCCAGCGAGUCACACUCGCGAUUCAAGCUUCGAACAGACAUCAGGCACCACUAGCGUGCGAUCUGACUGCCCGAGAUCCGUGUGUGACGUACCGUGCGUGUGUGACAGUGAACUGCUGAGAGCAGAGCAGAAAGUAUUCUACCUUAGAUAACAGAAUCAUAACCCACAAAGCUAGAGACAAUGUUUUCCGCACUGUUGGACGCCGCUCGCAAUUCCCCCUUCAAAACCCCCUUUAGCCGGGUUCAGUGUGAUGCUGGUGCCGGUGAUGGCAAAUCACUGGUGUCAGGUCGAUCGAUUGCAGCCGCUGCCACCGAUGAGGUCGAGUUCGGUUCGACCAAAUUCUUCCUGCUGUGCGGUGUUGGCGGUAUCAUCUCGUGCGGUUCGACGCACACUUUCGUCGUGCCGUUGGACUUGGUCAAGUGUCGUCUGCAGGUCGACCAGGCCAAAUACAAGAACCUGUUCAAUGGCUUCAAGGUGUCGGUUGCUGAAGAAGGUACCCGCGGUCUGGUGAAGGGAUGGGCACCGACUUUCUUCGGUUACUCAGCACAGGGAGCCUUCAAGUUCGGUCUGUACGAGGUGUUCAAGGUGCAGUACGCCAACGUACUGGGCGAAGAGAAUGCCUACCUGUACCGCACCUGGCUGUACCUGGCCGCUUCGGCUUCCGCCGAGUUCUUCGCCGAUAUUGCCUUGUCACCGUUUGAGGCUGCCAAGGUAAAGAUCCAGACUACACCUGGCUUUGCUAACACUAUGCGGGAGGCAAUGCCCAAGAUGAUGGGCGAUGAGGGUAUUGCUGCCUUCUACAAGGGUCUGGUUCCGCUCUGGUGCCGCCAAAUCCCGUACACUAUGAUGAAGUUUGCCUGCUUCGAGAAGACCGUCGAAUUGUUGUACCGUUAUGUAGUACCGAAGCCACGUGACCAGUGCAGCAAGGGUGAACAGCUGUUGGUAACCUUCGCCGCUGGUUACAUUGCUGGCGUGUUCUGUGCUAUUGUGUCUCAUCCGGCUGAUGUGGUUGUGUCCAAGCUCAAUCAAGCCAAGGGAUCCAGUGCGUUCGAUGUAGCCAAGCAGCUCGGAUUCAUGGGAAUGUGGAAUGGCUUGAUGCCACGUAUCAUUAUGAUUGGUACUCUGACUGCUCUGCAGUGGUUCAUCUAUGACGGUGUCAAGGUGGCUCUGUCCAUCCCACGUCCACCACCCCCAGAGAUGCCUGAAUCGCUGAAGAAAAAAUUGGGCGUUCAGUAAAUAUUCACCUUGCACUUUUCCCCGAGUUUUAAUUAUUUCAUUACGCUACACAGUUAAUUUGUAAGUGAAGGCAAAAUUCGGAACUAAAAUUAUACCCCAUUGGAACCGGAUCGGAUUAGUGCUAUUUGUUGGAUGUUAGACUGAUACAAUCGUGGAAUUAAAAAAAAUCAGUCAGGGUACGCGAUUCAGUAUUGACAAAGGACGGUUCUCGUGAUCUUACCGACGUAAACACAGGCACACACUGAUACACACAACGUAAAUUUUAAAAACAAAUCGUUAGUAAAAUCGCAGUACUAAACUUCCAAGUCGAUUGUAUUAUUUGUUUAGUAUAAUUCUGUUGCGUCACCGUGGGUAGGCAACCGGAGGCUAAUAAAAAGUGAGAGAGGGUUCUUCGUGGAAGGACCUUAUCGCAUAGGAAUAA